CUGCCCCAACCCUCCCAGCCUAGAGGCCUCCCAAUCAGACCUGGACUGCUCCAGCUGUGUCCUGAGGAGCUGGACCAGCCACAUCCCCUGGGGCUGGAGUUGAAGCAGAACCAAGUGGCCAUCCCAGCGAUAGACCAUAGAUUCCUGGCUCCGGGAGCGGCCAGAGCCACUGGGCAGCCAGGCAGCUUUACACACAGGCCCCAGUGCUCAGCACACUGGCUCUCCACAGGAAUGGCACUGCAAGUGGAACUGAUACCCACCGGGGAGAUCAUCCGUGUGGUUCACCCCCACAGGCCCUGCAAGCUUGCCCUGGGCAGUGACGGGGUGCGGGUAACCAUGGAGAGUGCACUGACCGCCCGUGACCGGGUGGGAGUACAGGACUUCGUGCUGCUGGAGAACUUCACCAGUGAGGCAGCCUUCAUUGAGAACCUGCGGCGGCGGUUCCGGGAGAACCUCAUUUACACCUACAUUGGCCCCGUCCUGGUCUCCGUCAACCCCUAUCGAGACCUACAGAUUUAUAGCCGGCAGCAUAUGGAGCGUUACCGUGGUGUCAGCUUCUACAAAGUGCCACCCCACCUGUUCGCAGUGGCUGACACUGUGUACCGAGCAUUGCGCACGGAGCGCCGGGACCAGGCAGUGAUGAUCUCUGGAGAGAGUGGAGCAGGCAAGACGGAGGCCACCAAGCGCCUGCUGCAGUUCUAUGCAGAGACCUGCCCAGCCCCUGAGCGGGGAGGUGCUGUGCGGGACCGGCUACUGCAGAGCAACCCAGUGUUGGAGGCCUUUGGAAAUGCCAAGACGCUCCGGAAUGAUAACUCCAGCAGGUUUGGGAAGUACAUGGACGUGCAGUUUGACUUCAAGGGUGCCCCCGUGGGUGGCCACAUCCUCAGUUACCUCUUGGAGAAGUCUCGAGUGGUGCAUCAGAAUCACGGGGAGCGGAACUUCCAUGUCUUCUACCAGCUUCUGGAGGGGGGUGAGGAAGAGACACUGCGUAGGCUUGGCUUGGAACGGAACCCCCAGAGCUACCUGUACCUGGUGAAGGGACAGUGUGCCAAAGUCUCCUCCAUCAAUGACAAGAGUGACUGGAAGGUUGUCAGGAAGGCUCUAACAGUCAUUGACUUCACUGAGGACGAAGUAGAGGACCUACUGAGCGUUGUGGCUAGUGUCCUACACUUGGGCAACAUCCACUUUGCUGCUGAUGAGGAGAGCAAUGCCCAGGUCACCACUGAGAACCAGCUCAAGUACCUGACGAGGCUUCUUGGAGUAGAAGGCUCGACGUUGCGGGAAGCCCUGACACACAGAAAGAUCAUCGCCAAGGGUGAAGAGCUCCUGAGCCCACUGAACCUGGAGCAGGCUGCAUAUGCACGGGAUGCUCUUUCCAAGGCUGUAUACAGUCGCACUUUUACCUGGCUGGUCGGGAAAAUCAACAGGUCACUGGCUUCCAAGGAUGUUGAGAGCCCUAGCUGGCGAAGCACCACAGUUCUUGGGCUCCUGGACAUUUAUGGAUUUGAAGUGUUUCAGCAUAACAGCUUUGAACAAUUCUGCAUCAAUUACUGCAACGAGAAGCUGCAGCAGCUCUUCAUCGAGCUCACACUCAAGUCAGAGCAGGAGGAAUAUGAGGCAGAGGGCAUCGCGUGGGAGCCAGUCCAGUAUUUCAACAACAAGAUCAUCUGUGAUCUGGUAGAGGAGAAGUUCAAGGGCAUCAUCUCCAUUUUGGAUGAGGAGUGUCUGCGCCCUGGGGAGGCUACCGACCUGACCUUCCUGGAGAAGCUAGAGGACACAAUCAAGCACCAUCCACACUUUCUGACGCACAAGCUGGCUGAUCAGCAAACUAGGAAAUCUCUGGGCCGAGGGGAGUUCCGCCUUCUGCACUACGCUGGGGAGGUGACCUACAGCGUGACUGGGUUUCUGGAUAAAAAUAAUGACCUUCUCUUCCGGAACCUGAAGGAGACCAUGUGCAGCUCAAAGAAUCCCAUCAUGGGGCAGUGCUUUGACCGGAGUGAGCUCAGUGACAAGAAGCGGCCAGAGACGGUGGCCACUCAGUUCAAGAUGAGUCUCCUGCAGCUGGUGGAGAUCCUGAAGUCUAAGGAGCCCGCCUAUGUCCGCUGUAUCAAGCCUAAUGACUCCAAACAACCUGGCCGCUUUGAUGAGGUGCUGAUCCGGCACCAGGUGAAGUACCUGGGGCUGAUGGAGAACCUGCGCGUGCGCAGAGCCGGGUUUGCCUAUCGCCGCAAAUACGAAGCUUUCCUGCAAAGAUACAAGUCACUGUGCCCAGAGACAUGGCCCACAUGGGCAGGUCGGCCCCAGGAUGGGGUGGCUGUGCUGGUCAGACACCUAGGCUACAAACCAGAAGAGUACAAGAUGGGCAGGACCAAGAUCUUCAUCCGCUUCCCUAAGACCCUGUUUGCCACAGAGGAUGCCCUGGAGGUCCGGCGGCAGAGUUUAGCAACAAAGAUCCAAGCUGCCUGGAGGGGCUUUCACUGGCGGCAGAAAUUCCUCCGGGUGAAGCAAUCAGCCAUCUGUAUUCAGUCGUGGUGGCGGGGAACACUGGGCCGGAGGAGGGCAGCCAAGAGGAAGUGGGCGGCCCAGACCAUCCGGCGGCUCAUCCGUGGCUUCAUCCUGCGCCAUGCCCCUCAUUGCCCUGAAAACGCUUUCUUCCUGGACCACGUGCGCACCUCUUUUUUGCUUAACUUGCGGCAGCAGCUGCCCCGAAAUAUCCUGGACUCCUCCUGGCCCACACCCCCUCCUGCCUUGCGUGAGGCCUCGGAGCUCCUACGUGAGUUGUGCUUGAAGAACAUGGUGUGGAAGUACUGCCGGAGCAUUAGCCCCGAGUGGAAGCAGCAGCUACAGCAAAAGGCAGUGGCUAGUGAGAUCUUCAAGGGCAAAAAGGACAAUUACCCCCAGAGUGUCCCUAGGCUUUUCAUCAGCACGCGGCUUGGUGCAGAUGAGAUCAGCUCCAAAGUGCUGCAGACCCUGGGCUCUGAGCCCAUCCAGUAUGCUGUGCCUGUAGUGAAAUAUGACCGAAAGGGCUAUAAGCCUCGCUCUCGGCAGCUGCUGCUCACGCCCAGUGCUGUGGUCAUUGUGGAGGACGCCAAAGUCAAGCAGAGGAUUGACUAUGCCAACCUGACUGGAAUCUCCGUCAGCAGCCUGAGUGACAGCCUGUUUGUGCUCCAUGUGCAGCGUGAGGACAAUAAGCAGAAGGGAGAUGUGGUACUGCAGAGUGACCACGUGAUUGAGACACUGACCAAGACAGCUCUCAGUGCUGACUGUGUGAACAAAAUCAACAUCAACCAGGGCAGCAUCACGUUUGCUGGGGGACCCGGCAGGGAUGGCAUCAUCGACUUCACACCUGGUUCGGAGCUGCUCAUCACCAAGGCCAAGAACGGGCACCUGGCUGUGGUGGCCCCACGGCUGAAUUCUCGGUGAUGAAGGUGCCCACUGAACCCUGUCCCAACUCCUAAUGCUUUGCUUAUCUUCUCCUCUCCUUCCCAGUUACCAAAGACUUGAGCUUCCAGACAGGGACCCAGGGACACCUCAAAGCCCACCUGCAAACUCCUCCCUCCUGCCCACCUCUUUCUUGAGGGGACAGCAGGGACCAUGGAGCUACCCUAGGAGUGGGCCAGGCCGGGCCACAGCAAUAGGAAAGCUGGGGUCAGAGCAAGCCAUGCCAGCCCCGCUGCCAAUGCCAAAUAUUUGAGAGAAGGGAAUUUUGCCGAGGUUUUCUCUGAGAUUUUUUGAUGCUUUAUAGGAAACUAUUUUUUGAAAAAGCCAUUUUCCUACCCCAAGACACACUGGAUGUGUUUUCCUUGACUCUAAUAGGACAAGGAAUGUAGCUGAGAGAUUGGGUGGGCUGGGCUCUGGUGCCCUCUUCCCUGGCCAGGCCACCCUCUCCUCGUUCCUAUAGUACCUUGUCUGUCUACCUGCCUGCCUGCCCCCUUGCCCACCCACCAGCAUUUUGCAGCCCACUCUGGCCUCCACCUAGGGGCUGAGACCACUUCUUUCUGCCUUAAGAAUGCCCUUUUAAUAUCAUCAUCCCGGUCUGAAGGUGUGCUGGAGUGGGGAAGGGAGUCUUAGUCCAUAGAACACAGAAGACUCUGAGAGAUCAUCUAGUGCAGCCUCCUGAUGUUACAGAGCAGAAGACAGAUGCCCAAAGGGGGACUUGCCCAAGGUCAUAUAGCUGCGGCAAAACUGGGACUGUAGCCCUGUCUUCAGCAUGCCUCACUGCCACUCCCAGGGCAGGGAGCCCCAUAAAAACACAGGUCAUAUCUUAUGUCUGCAUCUGGCUCCCUAACCAGCAAUCAUCUUUGGGGGCUACCAGGUGGGAGGAGAACUUCUGCCUGACUCCAUGCCUUAGGAUGACAAACACCCUGCCCACAAUGGCCCCAUUCAAGGAUGGAGGUCCUUUACUGGCCCCUGACCCCUUCCUGGCCUGGGAGCCCGGGAAAGGGGCUGGCCUUGGGAGGAGCUGCAAGAGCAUCACCUCUUUCUGCUGCUUCCCCCCACCUGGGGGCUGCCCACCUGCCUCUGUGCCCUCCAGGGGUCUCAGCCACUCCUGACACUUCUGCAAUCCAGAGAAACACUAAAUAAAGCAAUAUGUGUCUGCCAA